CUAGAGAAGAAUGCUUUAAAGGAGAAAAAGAAGAAAGAAAUGUGCACUGUGACUGCUUGGUGCUAGAGCAGGGUCUCUGGGUACCGCGAUCUUCACACCUUCGAGCUCCAGGCGCCCACCCGCCUCAUCGAAUGGGCCCGCGGGAGCCGUGAGUGCGAGGCGGGGUGUGCUGAGGGGAGGAGAGGCACCGGGCUGGGGUCUGGCGGUGUGGGGUGGCUGUGCCUAGCCGGAGGAAAGAAGGAGACCCAGGGGCCGGGCCGGGAGAAGGGGGAAAAGAGGCUGUGGGUUUGGGCCAGUCUGGGGUCCCGGAGGGGAGGCCAGGGUGCAGGGUCAGGACGCCAAAAGUGGAUCUUAAUUGGCUGGAGCUGUUCCGGGUUCAGCUUGGGCUCGAGCUCAGGGUGUGGGGGUUCAUGGACUGUGCGGUAACUCGGGUUUGUCUCAGGGAGGGCGGGCUGGGCAGGGGGGCAGCCCUCACCGUGUUCCUGGCUGUUCAUGCCCACCCCACAAAGGUGUCUGUGUAGCUGGGUAUGGACAGUCUGAUGGGAACGAGAUCCUGCAGCUGAUCCCACCACCAACGAUGCUGACAAAGGAGACCCAGGUGGGUGUUGCAGUCAGAGUGGCACCAGACCUCUCUGACCUCCUUGGCCUGAUAUUUUCAGAGAUCAGGCCAGGGCUUGGUGGCCUUCAUGAGCUGUUACCUGUUGCUGUGACAAGGGACCUGGCAAUGGCCAGGGACUGAGCAGCUUUGGUUGAAAGGUAAAGCACAUAAGUCACCUGUUUGUUGUCCAGUCGUGUUAUCAUGCAGCUGCUCUGCAGACUGCUUGGGUUGUGGACACUUCAUCUCCAGGUAUGUGAAUGAAAGCAUUUCAUGGGAAAAGAGGACAGAUGAGGUCAGCAAGCCAAAUGAAGAAGGGGCUUGCUGAGCAGCCCAGGCCUGGGGGACCAUUCUGCAGAGCACCAAGGUUGGCCCUUGGGUGGAUGAUCUCCGUGCUAGAGUAUAAGGUGGAGUUUAGUCACUGGGGCCUGUGUCCAGAGAGAGAUUUCAAGGUAGAAUGUGGUGGAUUUUCAGAGCGCCCAGUGUACAGCCUGAAAUAUGUGCCGGACACCAGCUUACUGGUAACCAGUGGCCCACCCGACAGCUCCCUCCAGGUCUGGCAGGUGUCAGCAGAGAACUCUGAUGUUAUUAAAUCUGUAAGCACCAUAGCAACAGAAAAUGGCACUGGGCUAUCCUGGGCUAAAAUUGCCACCAUUUCAGCCAGAGCCCCAUGGGUCCUUCAUGGCUCAAGACUUGACAAAGUUCAAAUUACAGAGGUUGAAUCAAGGAAAAAUGUCUACACAGCAGGUAUUCAAGCUUCCAGAGGCAGUGAGGAGCUGAGCAACCUGGCCUUCCUGGACUGCAACAUGCUGCUUCUGUGCUGUGCCACAGGCCGGCUGUGCCUGGCCGACAUCCGGCAGCCGCAGAGUCUCCUGGAGGCCGUGUCAGUGCCCUCGGCGCCAUGCAGUGAGCAGUGGUGCAUGGGCACCAGGCAUGGAGCUCAGGGCUUGGAGCCAAGCUCCCAGCUCGUGGCUCGCCUCUCGAGCAGGGGGCUCCUAACCCUGACAGACCUCAGGAAUACCUCUGAGCUCUUGGCCUUGGCAAAGGCCAGAGUUCCCUCUCCUGGCUCAGGUGCAGAGUUCCUGUGUGUCUCCUGGGCUCCUGCUCUGGAAGGCUACCUUGCCAUUUCAGGUUUUGAUGGCAACGUGCAUGUGUAUGACACGCAGAGCUGGGACAGCUCUGGCAGGGAAGCAGAGCCCAUCUUCGUUCACAAAGGCCACACAUUUGGCGGAGCAGGUGGCAGUGAGGACCCUCCCCUGGUCACUGUGCACACGUGGCAUCUGCAGAAACCCAGAACUUUGUUGUCAGCAGCGAGUGAUGGUUCCUUGCACGUCUGGGACUGGGUUCAGCCUUGUGGGAAGUGUGGGUAGGUGGUGUUUUGGUGAGAUGGGGCAUUUCCUGCCUCUGCACUAGUUUGCAUGGGCUGCAGUGUGUGUUUGCUUGCAGAUACUGUUUGGAGACUUUUCAGUGAGCAGAACAACUGUAAAAUUUCUAUUUUAAUAAUAGUAAAAAUUUUGGCUAUGUUACUUGUU